CCCCAUGAUCGAUAAUUUAUAGAAAAGUUAACCUUUUCUUGCCCUUUUCGCUCUUCCUUCCUUUGUUUAACCUCGCAAGUAAUUAAUUUAGUUCAAUUUACUCUUCCGUGUUAGAUGCGUCUUCUUCCCCCUUUUAAACUAGGCUUAGGGCUUCUCAUCCCAUUCCCCCUCGUCUCCACUCCUCCAAUUCCCCUUUGCAUCGCUGCGAGAUCGGUCUUGGAUCUCUGAUUUAUCUGUAAAAAUUGGCGCUUUUGUUGGAGAGAAAGCAGCUUGGUCGAACAUGAGUAGAUCGAGAUCAAGCAGAAAGACAUUUCAAGAUCUUGAGUUAAGGCUCGUGCCUGCUUAUCUAUCAAGGGGAGGCAUGUUGGCUGCUAGUUGCGUAAGGGGUUGCCCCGACUUCGUAAUGAUCGAUGAUGGCGAGGAUUAUGAGCAAAUAUAUCCUGCUGUCUCUUCAGGAACGACAUUUAGGUCUUUCCCUUAUUCAAGUCCAUGGGCACCUGCAAUCAGAGAAGAGGACUUAGAACUUCGGCUUGGAAUUGGAGCCUCUAAUGGAUAUUCCGGGAAUUCAAGUGGUGGGGCUAGUACAUUAGAAGAUAGAUUCAAAAACACCAAUGCUUGGCAGUCCAGCAAGUGUGGACAGGCAUCAAGCAGCCAAUACAUGUCAGACUUUAAGGAAGUGAAGCUGAGAUGUGCUAUUUGUAUGGACACUAUGAAAGAGGAGACAUCCACACUUUGUGGGCAUGUAUUUUGCAAAGCCUGCAUCACUAAUGUCAUCAAGAUGCAGAAGAGAUGCCCGACCUGCCGGGAGAAACUUUCUAUCAGCCAUAUUCACCGCAUAUAUCUCCCAGGUGCAACUUCCUAGCAACCGAUUAUACAAUGACAUUCAAGUUAUUCUCUGCUCUUUUGAUCCUCUAACAUCAUUUGAUUGUGAGACACUUUUAAGAAGGCCGAAGGUGGGCAAUGACACCCCUUAAUCAUAUCAUAAAGGGCUCUGAUACAUGGGGGAUUGUAUCGGUGAUUGUGAGACCUAAUUAUGUGAUGUUGUUGUGGAUGAGAAAGUUUUUGGAGAUGUAUGCAGGGCUUCUUGUAACUUGAAUUAUAAGUAUAUACCAUGAUCAUCGAAUGAACUCAGGUGAAUUUAGUCUGAUGGAAUGAAAAGUACAUGGCUGUCUGUUUCACAU